AUGUCGCCACUGCCCGCCCCUGCUGUACAAUGGCUCGCCGCAGGCCUACUUGUCGUCCUUGCCUGGCUGCUGGUCGGCGCCAAGAGGGGCCAGAGACUCCCGCCCGGGCCGAGAUCACACUUCUGGACGGGGGCAAAGGUUAAAGAUGGAACUCCUCCAUGGCUCCGUUAUGCGCGUCUGCAUCAAGAGCAUGGCGAGAUUAUCACGCUCUCCUCCGGGCCACUGCAGCCCAAGAUGUUUGUGCUGGGCACCGCCGCCGCCGCUCACGAGAUCCUCGACCGCCACUCGUCCUCGUCUGCUGGCCGGCCGAGGCUGGUGACGCUGCAGGAGGUCGUGUCGCAGAACAUGCGCACUCUCUCGAUGGAUGUCGGCCCGCGCUGGUCGCGCUACCGCAAGGCAAUGGCCGAGACGCUGGCCGAGGGAAGCGCGAGGCACUACCAGCCCGUGCAGGAGAAAGAGGCCCGGAUCACCGUUGAUGCCCUGGCUCGCCAGCCAAGCUCGUUUGCACAGCAAUUCCAGCGCAUGUCUGCCAGCGGCAUCAUGACGGUCACCUACGACCACCCGCUGUCGCGCAUGGACGAUGUGUGGAUUGUGCGGCUGUUCGACUCGAUCAAGAACGUGGCACCCUUCUUCAUCGCUCGCACCUACCUCGACCGGCUUCCCGUGCUUGUGCACCUGCCCAUGUUUUUGAAUCCGGUAAAGCGACGAGCGCUCGAGAUCCACGCGCAGGAGCUGGCCCUCUUCACCGACAUGUACGCCACUGUGCGGACAAGGCGCGACGAAGGAAAGGCCGCCGACUCGUUUGCGAGCCGGCUGCAGGAGAGACAGGCGCGUCUGGGCCUCUCUGACGCCGAGGCGGCCUACCUCUCGGGCGCACUGUACUUUGCAGGCAGCGACACGACGAGCGCCGCCCUUUCGGCUUUUGUCCUGGCCAUGGUCAGCAACCCAAAGGCGCAGCGACGGGCGCAGGCGGAGCUCGACGCUGUAGUCGGCUCCGAGCGCAUGCCCACCUUUGACGACUUGCCCCAGCUGCCGAUCUUGCGGGCGACGCUGUUUGAGUCGAUGCGCUGGCGACCGAUCUCGCCGCUGGGCUUCCCGCACCGGCUGACGGAAGACGUGCCUUACAAGAACUAUGUCCUUCCCAAGGGCAGCACUGUCCUCGCCAACAUCUGGUCCAUCCACCACGACCCGCGCGAGUACAGUGACCCAGACGUGUUCAACCCAGACCGCUUUCUUGAAAAUGGCGCCUUCAGGGGCACCUGGUUCAGCCCACAGCGGGGCCAUGCCGGCUUCGGCCACGGCAAGCGCAUCUGCCCCGGCCUCCAUGUGGCCGAGCGGUCGCUCCUCAUUGGCGCGGCCAGCCUACUUUGGGCCUUUACCAUGGCGGGUGAGGUCGACACCAUGGCGUUUGCCAACAAGCUUCCCACGGCACCCCUGCCCUUUGAUGCGUGA